ACCUACUGAAUGUCAAUGAAUGCGCAUUGCAUUUGCAUCAGCUCUACACGGAAACAUUUUUGGUACCCUGGGAACUCUAAAAAUUAUACACAUAAUUUAUUUGGAGUCCUCACGACGCGGUUUUGACUCUACGCUAUAUUAUUUUGGAAGCUCUGUGCAAUUCCCUAAUGUAAGCCAUAACCCUAGCACGCGAGCGUGUUUAUGCACGCGAAGAAAAAGGUGGUGGGGGAAGCCUGCAUCUCGGCCCGUCUCGGCCUGCAUGCCAGAAUGGGGGCCCCAGAGGUCCAAAAGUGGAAUCUCUUAUAGACUCCAAGAGUUUCGGACUACCCAGAGUGCAAAAAGUUUUUCCGUGUACAGUAGCUUGUCAGCCAUCGCAGUGUUUAUUUUUCUAUAGUUAGUAUAUAGUAUUUACACCGAAACCGAGACUAGCCGGAACGCCGAGACGAUUGAUAUUUUAAUAACUUAUAAACUUUUCUAGUUUGUUUUACAUUAUAGUAUAGUUUUUGUUUCUUCUCAUUCAUAUAUACAUAUAACCAAAAUAUAUAAGUAGAAAUCGCAAAAAAAAGGGCUGCACAAGUACACGUUAUGUCCAAAGCAACAUUUUACAGACGUUACUGUCAGAUUGCCGAGAUUGCAUUAUGGUGGAGAAAAGAACACGUAUUGCUAAAUGAAAUCGUAUAUGCAUGCGCAUCCGAUUUCGAUUAAGAAGCACUUAUAUGAAAAAAAACGUGUUGUUUCAUCAUUAUACCAACUAAAGUGUAAAUCACGAAUCAUUUGUGAUGUUUAGUUUAUAGAUUUUUCAAAAGUAAUAGUAAUUUUUUUAUCGCUAAAGAAAUUGGUAAGACAAAGAAGAAAGUUUUGUUACUCAUAUUUUUAUAGAUGCUUUACUCUUUACCAAGAUAAGUUUUUAAGCCUUGCUAAGUAAAAUGGGCAACGUCAUAUGCAAUGUUGUAGCUGGUAUUUUUGAAAGUAUUUUUGCAUUAUUUAUACCAACAAAUUUAGAUAUUUCUUAUAACAACAAUAAUGUUUAUACAAAAGGCCAAAGUACUUGUCCUGAGGGAUAUACAGUUGUUGAACAGAAAGAGGUUAUUUCUUACUUACCAGAGCAACAAGCUAAAAAAGGGGAAUCACCUUUCCAUAAAGUUUACUAUUGCUCUUCUUGUAAAAUAACCUUAGACAAUCAAAAUAUUUUAAAAUGUCAUUGUAUGUUACACUUACAUAAAAAAUACAGUUUAGAUGACAUUAUACAAUUUAAAUUAAAAGAAGACCAGAUAAUAAUAAAUUGCCUAUUUUGUAGAACAAUAAUGCAUUCUGAAAAAGAAUUAGCAAGACAUUUAGAACUUCAAAAACACAUAGAUGUAAUAAAACAUUUUUCUUCUAUUCGUAAUGUUGAUAACAAUUUAAAUUUCUUAGAUGAUAGUACAAAUCAAAUAUUAGAAGAUGUUAUACUAAAAAGCUACAACAGUAGUCACAUUAUCAAUUUGGUAAUUAAAAUAUUUUGUGAACCGUGCCAAGUAAUGUUUCAAGAACCAGAUAUAAAUUUACAUAUUCAUCAAGAAAAGCACUGUCAGAAAUUAAUGAAAUACAGAAAUAAAAAAAUGAAAAAUAAUUCUGAAAUAUUUGUAAUCGAUCAUACUAGUCUAAAUCUGUUUACAUGCUUUAUAUGUUUAGAUGUAUCCUUUAAUACUUUAGAACAGCUUUUUAAACAUUUACAUGAAGAGGAACACAAGUACAAAAUGAGAAUUUUCAAACAAGUUAUGCAAACUAGAGAAAUCAAUAAUAGUUUACAAAAAAACAAAUUUUACUGCCAAUUAUGCCUGCAAACUGUAAAUGACGAUGUUAUUGAACAUUUACCAUUUCCUUCAAGAAAUACAAUGGUUUGUUCUUAUGAACUAUCUAAAACAAUGAAGAAUAUUAUUUCAAAAAGAAAAAAUGGUACCACAUACAAAAAACUGUUUGGAAAUGGUUUGAAAACAGAUAUUCAAAUUCUGAAUGAAAAUUUUGUUACACAGGAGGAUAUAGAGAAAUAUGACUGUAGCAUUUGUGGCCGCUCAAUAACUUCUUUAAAAAAAUUGUAUACCCAUAUUUCAGGUUUUCGUCACCAGAAUAAUUUGAAAGUUGCCAAAUCAAAGAAUUUAGGGGAACCACAUUAUUCAAUGACUUUCAAAAAUACAAUAGUAGGGCAUAAUACAGCUCCUGCAUUUGAUAAAAAUGUAUCAUCAAAGUCAGCUGAUUUUGAAAAUUUCAGUUUUCUGCAAUCAUACAAAUCCAAUCUAUUGAUUAACGAUGAACUAAAUGAAUUGAUUGAUUUUGACUUAGAUAACAUUAAUCCAAGAAAAUCUAUUGACAAUAAAAUAUCUAAACGAAAUAAAAAAGGUGAUCUUACCUCUGGCUACAGUUUGGAUAAAAACAAAGUUGCAAAUGCAUCUAAAUUUAUUGAACUGUGUAUUAAACCUGGACUUUCCAACAUUUAUCAUAUGAAUGAUAAAGCAAUACAAUUACUACAAACAGCCAUAAAUUUAACUGUUCCUUUUAAUUCAGAAAAACGAGUUUGCAUUCCCUGCCAGUGCAAAUUUUUCAAUUGUUAUUUGUAUGAUCAUCUACAUUGUGAUGAACACGUUAAAAACUUGUGUGAUAUGGAAAACGUUUGUUCUCGAGAACCCUUAACUGAUUUAAAUUUGUUUCAAUUUUAUGUUGUCAAAUAUCCAAACAAUUCGAUUUUUUGUUAUGCUUGUGGAACGUAUGGAUAUGUAAAAGACGAUGUUAUCAUCAAUCAUAUAAGUUCAGAAAGUCAUAUUCUGAGAAGCCUUUAUUGUUAUAGUUAUUCAAAAAUAACGUUUCAAGAAAUAAUUGCUAUAUCCAAAAAUUUGUGGUACUACGUACAUGUCUAUGUUUGUAACAUAUGUAACAAACGAUUCAAAGUAGAAUUUGAUUUUAUAGCACAUCUAGAAUCAAAGGAACAUGAGAAUAAUAAUGCUCGUUUUGCUGAUAUGACAAUGAAAUUUGGUAUAUGUCCAGUAUGUGUUACAUGUUGGUAUGGAAAACCAGACUUUUACAGUAAACAUUGUCUUAAUAAUUUUCAUAAACGGUUUUUAAUAAGUAACGAACUUAUGGUUCCUGAAAUGCCAAAACUAGUAAUAGAAUUACUGAAUAAACCCGAUUUGACAGUUAGUAAUUUAUUAAAUGAAUCAAAUAAAACAAUAAACUCAGGUAAAGAUAAAGUAUCUGAAUUGCUUAGGACAAUUGAAGAAUAUGUGAAACCUAUAUAUCCAAAAGCCAAAGCUUACCUUCAUGGAUCAAGACUAUCUCAUCAGGGAUUUCUUGAUAGUGAUGUGGACAUUUUUCUAGAUUGUGAAAAUAAUUACCAUUAUGCUAGAUCAAAAGAGCAAAGUGAAGUAUACUUGAAUUCAGUAUUGGAGAUUUUUGAAGCUGACCAAUAUAACUGGAUUAUAGAUGAAGUGCUGGUAGACUCAAGAGUACCUAUAUUAAAAUUAAGACAUAUAUUUACGAAUCGUAAAUGUGAUAUUUCUUUUAUGAAUGGACUCAGCGUGGAAAAAUCUAAACUCAUCAAAUAUUACAAUAUUUCAUUUUCUAUUUGCCGUCAAUUAAUAUUAUUCCUCAAGAAGUGGUUACAUUAUUGUCAACUAGCAGGCUCAACUGGUAUUAACACUUAUGCGCUAUCAUGGUUUGUUAUUUUUUAUCUGCAAAGAGAAAAAAUUGUACCAACCGUAUCGCAACUUAUUAAAAAAUCAAAUUCAUCCCUUACUGUUGCUGGUUGGGAAUGUGCUACUCUGAAUACUGCUGAGAUUUCAACUACCAAUUUUGCAUUCAAAGAUAUAUUACAAGGAUUUUUCUUAUACUAUGGGACAUUUGAUUAUCAGUUUAACGUAGUUUGCCCACUUAUAGGUGAAUCAAUAAGUAAGCAUUAUUUUUAUGAAACCAUAGAGUUACCAGAAGAAAUGAAAAAUUAUAAAAGACAAGUUAUUGAUGGUGAAAUCGAAUUUUUCCGAUUUGAUUCGCCAAUGUGCAUUCAAGAUCCUGUGGAUCAUUCUCAGAAUAUUACAAAGGCUGUUACCAAACUUCAAUUAAGGAGUUUUAGAAAAUAUUGUACUGAAAGCGCUGUUCUCUUAUCAGAUAAUGAAACAUCAGGGUCUACAUAAUAAAAAUCAUAUUCAAAUUUUCUAUAAAACAUGCAAGUAAAAAUGGCUUUAAUUUUUUUUUUAUAAAAACUUAAAUAAUAUUUUUAUAUAAAAAACAUAUUUUUCUACCAAUUUAAUAAAUCGUAAUUUUGAGACAUCUCAAAAUACUUAUUUUGACAAAUAUUGUUCAUUGUUAAAAUAAAAUUUUAUAAGUGCUUAA